AUGGUGCUCCGUGAUAGAGUUGUUGAUGAUUUUUAUGAUGAGCAAUACUGCGACCUGUGUGAGACAACAAGGCACCCAGAAUACGGUGUUUAUUAUUGCGACGAAUGUAGGUGUGCUGCUCAUAUCGAUUGCGUCAUCCCAACGGUAAAUACCGGGCUACGCAAACCAGUAGAAGACCUUACGCUCAGGAAACUCAACGAAGAAAUUGCCGAUGUAGAAGCAGAGAUGGAGGCAGUUAAGAAAGCAAUGGACGCAAAGCUGGAGGAGCUGAUGAGAAAAAUAGAGUGGCUUAAGACGAAGAGACAUGAGAUAGCGAGAUCUCGGAUGCAUGCAGAAGCAGAGCAGGACAGAAUUUUAUUCGUUAAGGGCGGCAGUCGGAUUCUUCCCUUGUCAUUCUUCCAGACUAUCUUACAUCUGAGUAGUUCUGAGGCGCUCCAUUGUUGUUGCUUCUUCUUCUUCUCCUCCUCCUCCUCCUCCUUCUUUGUGUUUUUCUUCUCAAGGAUGACUACAGCUAAUACCGCCCGCCUUCAGCAUCCCUACCAUGAACAUGCCCUCAUCUUGCAAGAGCUGAGCGAAAAUUUCAGCUUAUAUUGCUUAAUCUGUGAAUUGCCCGCGAAAGGUCCAGUCUACCUUUGCAUAGACUGCAACUUCUUCCUCCACAGAUCCUGCGCCGAACUGCCUCCUGAGAUUCAACAUCCCUCUCACCCUCAGCACUCACUUAUGUUCUACCCUGGAGGCAGCUAUGACUUAUCUUGCAGGUGUGAUGAGCCUGUAGAAGCUCGUGGCAGCUAUCUGCAACUCUCCCUCCACCCGAAGAAGAGCACGAGGACAAGGGAGAAGAUUAUUCAGCACUUUGCUCACGAGCAUCCCCUUGCAUCCUUCCACGUGAAUGCCUCAAAUCGGAUCAAUUGCAAGGCAUGCGGCGAGCAGAUCUCUGGUCGCGUUUAUGGUUGCCGUGCCUGCAUAUACGUGCUGCGCACGAAUCAUGCGCUCUGGCACCCCGAGAGAUAUCGAAUCAUCCCUUCCAUCCACAGCACCCUCUCACCUUGCUCGCUGAUUUCAAGCCUGAGUGGCCUGAUCUUACAUGCGAAGUCUGCAAGAG